ACCCAAGCGUUUAAGUGAAGUGCCUCCAAUUACCCCGUACGGGGUAAUUAGAGGCACUUUGAUGGAGCUCUUCGCAUUUUGUAUCUGGCUCAAAAUUGGCCGCAGUUUUUGAAAAGAUUUUUACAUGAGCGUGUAGAAAAAUGUUUGGUCUACCAUCAUGUUCAAUAGCAACUUUUUCCGAUCAAAAACGGCCAAGAAAUAGCAAAAAAAAGGAAGAAAUUUUCGAAGAGUGCCUCUAAUUACCCCGAAGUACUCUAGAUGAUACUAAAGGAUGCGCUCAACACUCUUUACUUUUUGCUGUUUAUAUUUAAAAUAUUUCGAACGGAAACGUUUUUCGUAUAUUACAAUCUUCGAUAAAUAAAUAAACGUAUAUACUCGUUAUCUCUAUACAUGGACAUGGAUUUUUUAAAUGUUUUCAUGAGCAAGAAGAUAUAUGAUUGGCACGAAAAGCGAUUUGUCGCAGAUGUCUAUUCACAGGACAUAUAAGCAUAGAUAACAGCAUAACUAUUAUUUCAUUGCUGUGAAGUUUAGUAAUUAACAGAGCUGAGGAUGGUUCAGUUUAAACACAACUUUUUUCAAAAAUGAAAUUAACGAAGUCAUCGAACCAUAGUUUUCACCCUCUCCUAUAUUUUCAUUGUUGUUUUCAACACUGUAUUGAAACAUUCGCAUCAAAAAUACAAACAAAUCCUUUGUAAUUGAUAAGGAACGAAUGGAUACCGUUUAUUGUCUCCACUGUUUACAUUCUUACAGCCACAGAUUUAUGUUGUCACGAUUAGGUCAUUGCUGAUCAAAAAUAAAUCUCUAUUUCAGUAUGAAACGAUGUUAUCUGAUGGAAAGCAGAUCCCUGUCCAUCUAUAACAUUUGUUCGGCCCUUUCUGCUUUAAAAAAGAUUUUCAGUUUGAACUGUUCAAAACAGGAAGCGAUUCGGUUUGGCUUUGAGAAAACAGGAAUCGAUCCCAUCUCUGAUGUUUAACGCGAACGCCUGCUUAACGAACAUACUAAUUUCAACUCUCGCCAGAGAAAAUUUCUCCGCUCUAGAAGACACCGAUUCUUAUCUAUUACAAACUCCUGGAUUCUGUAUCGUCUUUAUGAAAGAAUGACCAUAAUUCCUCACUUUUGUUUAGCGACGAUGUGCGCUAUUAGUGAUUAUAAUCUUGUAUUUCGUGUUAGGGCGUUAAACUUUUCUCUGUACAUAAUAUAAUACCUCCUUUUCUGUGUUAAGAACUUCAUACUAGUACUUAUUAAUUAUCAAAAAUGGAACAACGUGCUGACCUGUGGAGAAAUAAAAAGAGAAAAACUUAAUCCCAAAUGACGUAUUUUUUUCACACAAUUUUCUACUGUUGGUCUAAAAAGUACUUGCUGUCAUUCAUUGAAUCGUUGAUUUAAACUGCAACAUCCAUUCUAAAUGAUAACAACACUUUUCUUUUUUCACAUAUUGCCUUUUUCUGUAGUUUUUUCUUCUCUAUUUCGAGCAGGUAAGUGACUUGUUUUUAUCGCAUUCUGGCUUUAUUUCGUCUCUUUUUCUAUAGAUUUAGAUUUAUCAGCCGAAUCAUGGAUAGUUGAACAUAUAAUUCCAAUUGAGAGAAAUGAAGGACAACGUCAACGUCGAGCGCUUAAAUUUGAUGUGGUGAAAACCUAUGAAGUUCCACGUGAAAAUGAAAAAGAACCGUUACUACUUGAUCUUGAAUACAGCCAGUUUGGAAAAAAUGUGGUUAUUGAACAGAGAAAUCGUUACCAUCCAACUUUUUUACAUCUGCUUAAUAUUUCACAAGAGACAAAUAAUUGCUAUUAUGUUGGAACAGUUCGUCAUCACGAAAAUUCACUAGUGGGAUUAUCAACAUGCUAUGGACUAGUAAGCAAUUCUACAACUCAUAAAAAAGGUUUUUUACAAAAAGAAGCAUGUGCAGGUUUUAUCCAUGACGGUGUUGUUGAUUAUUUUAUCGAACCGUUACAUAUCGUCAAUGGUUCUUCCGAGCAUAUUCUGUAUCGAAUGAAAGAUUCGAAACAGACACGAUUACCACUAUGGUCAUGUGAUAUAAAAGUUGAUGACAAACUAUCGAAUAAAAGAUUUGUUUCCAAUCAUUCACGCGUUAAACGUUCUCUAAAUAAACAACGUUACAUUGAAUCACUAGUUGUAGCUGAUUCAAGUAUUCUAAAUCAUUUUGAUCAUCCAAAAAUUGCUCAUUGGUAUAUAUUAACAUUGAUGAAUAUGGUAAAUGCCAUUUAUAAACAUCCAAGUUUAGGUUCAGCUGUAGAAGUUGUUGUUGUUCGAUUAAUUGUCUUACAUGAUGAAUCUCAAUUCAAAGCCGUAGCUGAUUCUUAUGAUACGCUAAAAAGAUUUUGUAUAUGGCAAGAAAAAUUAAAAAUAAACAAUACUAGUCAUCAUGAUGUUGGAAUAUUUCUUUCACGAAUGAAUUUUUGUCGAAAAAAUUCCACAAGAUGUUCAACAUUAGGACUAGCUCAUAUGGCUGGUAUUUGCAUGGAAAAUCAAAGUUGUAGUGUUAACCAAGAUCUUGGUUUAAUAACAGCGCAUACUAUUGCCCAUGAACUCGGUCAUAAUCUUGGUAUGUAUCAUGAUGGUGAAAAAGGACGAUGUGAACCACCUCAUGAUUCUGCUACUAUAAUGGUGCCAGAAUAUAAUCGUGUACCUCUACUAAUGUGGUCAAACUGCAGUCGAGAUAAUGUUUCAGACUUUUUUGAGUAUGAAGUUUGUGGUCAGCUGAUGUGUCGACGGUAUUUAAACAAACAAUAUCAUUGUAUUCCUGCCUUAUCGUACUUGCCUGCGGAUGGAACAAUAUGUGAUAAUAAUAAAUGGUGUAUGUCUGGUAAAUGUGUACCUAUCAGUGAAAUACCAAUACCGAUUGAUGGUUCAUGGAGUUCCUGGGGAGCAUGGAGUUCAUGUUCUCAUACAUGUGGAUUAGGUGUAGAAUAUCAAGCAAGAACAUGCUCAAAUCCAAGUCCUGAUGCCGGUGGAAAAUACUGUUUAGGUCUUCGAAAGCGUUAUCGAACAUGUUCAUUGGGACCCUGCACAUCAUCGUUUCAUCAAGAUGAUUUAGAGUGCGAACAAAUGACAGCUAAAGAAUUGAAAAAUGUGACGAUAUGGAAAGCCUCAUUUUACGAAAAUGCUCCUUGUAUGGUUCUUUGUUCACUAUCUUCAUCAUCUUAUUCAGCAACGCCAUCUACCGACGAAGUUGGUCGAAUUGAACGGCUUAAACUCCGAGAUGGUACAUCAUGUAUGAUAAAUAAUCAAACACGUUUAUUCAAAGGAAUAUGUAUAUCAGGAAUAUGCAAAAAAUUGGGCUGUGACAAUCAAUUAGAUUCAACAGCUGUUGAAGAUCAGUGUGGUGUUUGUAAUGGAAAUGGAACGGAUUGCAGAUAUAUUUCAAAAAUAUUUCAGCAUACUUACAAAAAUGCAAAUUCGAGUAUGACAAAAACGGCUUAUAUAGAUUGUAACUAA